AUGGACGAUGAUGAAGAGGUCGAGAGCUCUUUACGAAAAUAUGAGCUGGGGGGUCUCCAAGAACAAACCGAUAGCGAAAGCGAGACCGAAAGCGGUCAAGUAGAAAACGCUGGUCAAAUUGAGGCUGUGGAUGGAGAGCAUGAUGGAGAGCCGCCAGAUACGUCUAGCGGAUCAGAGGAUAUCGAGCCAUUCAACCUGGAUGACGAAAGAGAAGAAGGCAAUUUCCAGGACGGUGCUUUUGUACGCACAGAAAAAGGAGAUGCGUUCGAUAGCUGGCUCGAUAAUGUCGAUAAAGCGACAAUUCGACGUGCUCGAACCGCUAAAUCAUUUCAGGAAGAACUUGCCUGUAAGAGCACCUUAUCAGAAGAACAAGCUUUAGAACGAUUGGGGCCUCUUUUGAAUCCUGCCGAAACUGCCAUGGAGGUCAUAGAGAGUUCUGAAGAUGGAACCAGAGUCGAAGGAAUCACUAUCGCUUGUAACGCAUUGCUCUCCUCGAUUCCUAACAUAUACGACUUAGAGCGAGAAGAACUUGCGCGGCUGUUUCAGUCGAAAUUUGGCCGAAACUUCAAACGAAAACGGGUGGCUGACAACUGGAAGUUCAAGUGGCCCGGACAAGAAGAGGUCCACGGGCCGUUCACAGCCAUGGAAAUGCAGACUUGGCUGGACCAUGGCUACUUCAAAACCGGUGUCCAGGUGUGUCCUGCAGACGGAGACGAGUUCCGAGAUAUAUCUGAGGUUACUUUCUAG